AUGGGCCGGAAGCUCUUCCUCAGUCACUUGGACGAAGCCAGCCUCCUAGGGAUCGACAACAUCUGCAGUAUUCACAGUCCAGAGGAUGGCAUUGUGGCCUUCAACUAUGUCUAUCCAGACAGUCACCGUUUGCAAGUCCACGUCGAAGCUUUUGCCAACGAUCUAGCAGAAUAUCCAGAUGGCAACUCGUUUGUACUAUCCACCAAGGACAACUCGCUCGAUCCCAUCGUCACAGAGACAUUGCAAAAAGUCACCGAAAAUGCCCAUGGCAAGCCUCUUCCUAACUUGUUGACUGAAGUAUCAGAACUUUUGACAGCGGCCAUUACAAAGGAGUCUGCGCAAGACAACACCCUGGCCGACCAGGCAAUGGCGGACGAUGAUUUUGAUUUGACUUUGGAAGGUGUUUCUGAUGAUGAAUGUUUUGGUCUGGCUGCACUUGACCCCCGCAGUGCAGGGCGCGCCCACGCCACCAGCUUAUCAGCUGGUUCCCAAGAGAAGAUGGAAAAGAUACGUGCUGAUCUUAGGACCCUCAAGAAUUCAGGUUUCCGCGUUGGAGUCUUCGGAAACAUCGCCUCCUCUGGCGUCCUAUGUGUUUCAAUCCGAGUUUCCAAGCUUGGUCUCUCAGACGAAGCCCUGCAGGCCUGGAAUAUACCGCGAAAGCAUUACUUCCUGUUGCUGAUCAGAUACACUGGGGGCUAUCGUGAUGCAACCAGAGUUACCGACGCUCAGGAACUGUCGAAUUCCAUGGAUAUGCGUGUGGGACUUUGUGACCAUUACAAACCUCCUCUGCCCCAAGUCCUGGCUCUCUAUCAAUACAUAAAGCCGGACAAUGUGACCUCAAAUAAGAAUGCCGACACUAUACCAAAGGAUGAUCCUGCAUUCCAACGACUGUUCAUCGGCAACGCAAUCAACCAGUUGCUUGAAGAGCGUGUCUUCAAGAUCAUCUCGGCCCGACAGCUGUACGAUCUCACCUGGCUGGGCGCAGAAAAAUACAUCAACCAGAUACAAGCGACAUCGUCCUCUUCGAUCAUUGGCGACAUGACACCCUAUCGUUGUAGUGAUGACGCCAACGCGAGCAAUCUUCCCCCGAUAGUCCUUGCAGACCACAUGCGCCAAGAACGAGUUGCGAAGGCUUCGUUGCCCCUGAUCAUCAUGCAGUUCGCCCUGAGACACUUUAUCCGAUGCACGGAGUUCUGUCUCGUGUGCCAUUACCGAGUCGACGACGCCUUUGAGGCUUUGAAACCAUACGUCUGCUUGAAGCCCCUCUGCCUCUACCAAUACAUGUCGCUUGGCUUUGGUCCUAGCCUGGAAUGGGAAAUCAUGGCCCAACCAUACGUUGUCGACCUUUUGGUCAGCUUUUGCUACGCAGCUGCUCGUAGUGGCAGAAUCAAAGAAUUCCCCAUUGGCAUGAACUUGAUGGUGCCCGUCAUACCGCGUUUCAGUGAGGUCUCCUACGUCAGAAAGUCCUUUGCAUGCUUGUGGAGUAUGAGCUUGAGGUGCUUGGUGGUCGCAGAUGACGAAAAGAAGGAAUCAGCAGUUAAGAAUCUCAAGUCUGGUGACUGGAUUGUCCUCCUCUGUCGCCAGGCUGGCGCAGCAGCCCAUUGCCGGGUUAUGAGAGUCGACCUGCCUGACGUUUGGCUCCAUGAACCAGUGUCGGUUCCAUUACCAGAACAUUGCAGGAUUUUCGGCUGUGCCACAAAAGAUGCUAAUGAGAACGGCGACUUCCUCAACGCAGAAUGCUACCUGUACGACAAGAACUUUGAUAACCUCGUUAAAGAACACCAGCAGGGUGCUAUUAUGACAUUGUUAGAUGCCCUUCCAGACGUGAUAGAGAUGCAUCAAUAUCUGGGGGGCCAAGGAAAGAGUCACGAGUUCAGCUUGAAAGCAUGGUCUGACCGGAUUCCAGAGUCAACAGUGAAUCUUCUCCGUUGGAUUGUCGCGUCCAAUAGGUCUUGCAUCUUCCAGGUCGACGACAUCGACGGCAAGACUGGCUGCGAAAUCCGUGGAAAGGCUGAAGACCGUGUUGGAGGAAUGGCGUCUUGGAUCCAAUUUCGCUUCGCUCAAGGGGCUCCGGACAAAGAAAAGCGGUUCAACCAAAGCGUAGAGCGGCAUGCUCGAGCCACUAGAACCAAAUAUCCGACUCUUUUUGCAUGGCACGGAAGUCCAAUGGGUAAUUGGCAUUCAAUCAUCCGACAGGGCCUCCAAUAUGAUGACAUCCUCCACGGCAGAUCAUAUGGGAAUGGGGUCUACAUGAGCCCGCAUGCGUCCACAAGCUUGGGGUAUACGUACGAGGUUGUUCACAGCAAUUGCAGCUGGCAAGGUUCUUUGCUCAAAAUUGAGAAGGUGCUUUCCCUGCAAGAGGUGGUGAAUGACCCUGAGCAAUUCACGUCCACCGUGCCGCAUUAUGUGGUGCCUAAGGUUGACUGGAUUCAGACGCGAUAUCUAUUCAUUAAGACCAAGGAUGCACCCAUUCGUCGCGACCUGGCAGUUGAAAUCUAUGAGCAGGAUCCAAACCGACGGGCUUACAACGAAGCGUGUGAGGUACUGUCAAUUCCAAUGACUGCUAUUUCCAAAGCUCGACGACCUGGAAACAGCAUCGAAUCGGCCGCGACCCCUCGCGGGAAGCGUACCAAGAGGAUUGUGACAACGGACCUGGCGACGGCCGAGCAACGAGAAGACGAUGGCGACAGUGUAGUGUCGGAUGCGGAUGAUUUGGCCCUGCUUCAAGAUGCAGAUCAGAAGUAUGAUCUCGGGCUUCAUGAAUCUGAUGCUACUGCUGAAAGCCUGUGCGCCAGUGGCAAAAAGCGGCCGGCAGAGGCAGCAUUAGAUACAGAUUUUGUACCUGGCAAAUUGGACAUCAGGGAUAUCACGUGUAUGGAAGCGCCUCAGGACGCUACGCCGAUAGCCAGUACGGCGCUCAUGGGUCUAUUCAGAGACGCUCUGAAGACGCAGGAAAGCACCCCGCCGGCCACACUCGGAUGGUACAUCGGCCGCAACUUGAUCAGCAACGUGUAUCAAUGGAUCGUGGAGCUCCACAGCUUUCCAAAGGAUUUGCCCUUGGCCAAGGACAUGAAAGAUGCGGGAGUGACGUCAUUGUCAUGGAGAUGCGAUUCACCAGCCAGUAUCCUUUCAGUCCCCCGUUCAUUCGAGUGGUCAAGCCUCGCUUCCUACCCUUCAACCGAGGCGGAGGUGGGAACGUCACCGAGGGAGGUGCAAUGUGCAUGGAGGUGUUGA